UGCCCGAGCCCCCGCUGCCCCGGCGGCUACGUGCCCGAUCACUGCAACUGCUGCCUGGUGUGCGCCGCGGGCGAGGGCGAGCCCUGCGGCAGCCCGCUCGACUCUCCGUGCGGCGAGAGCCUGGAGUGCGCGCGCGGCGCGUGUCGCUGUCGCGGGGCGCACGCCGUGUGCGGCACCGACGGGCACACCUACGCCAACGUGUGCGCGCUGCAGGCGGCCAGCCGCCGCGCGCUGCAGCUUGCCGGGACGCCUGUGCGCCAGCUGCAGAAGGGCGCCUGCCCGUCGGGUCUCCACCAGCUGAACAGCCCAAGGUACAAAUUCAACUUCAUUGCCGACGUGGUGGAGAAGAUCGCGCCAGCCGUGGUCCACAUCGAGCUCUUCCUGAGACACCCUCUGUUUGGCCGCAAUGUGCCCCUGUCCAGUGGCUCAGGCUUCAUCAUGUCUGAGGCGGGCUUGAUUGUCACCAACGCCCACGUGGUGUCCAGCACCAACACCGUCUCUGGCCGGCAGCAGCUCAAAGUCCAGCUGCAGAACGGGGACACCUACGAGGCCACCAUCAAGGACAUCGACAAGAAGUCGGACAUCGCCACCAUCAAGAUCCACCCCAAGAGAAAGCUGCCCGUCCUGCUGCUGGGCCACUCGGCAGACCUGAGGCCUGGGGAGUUCGUGGUGGCCAUCGGCAGCCCCUUCGCCCUGCAGAACACAGUGACCACCGGCAUUGUCAGCACAGCCCAGCGGGACGGCAAGGAGCUGGGCCUGCAGGACUCGGACAUGGACUACAUCCAGACGGACGCCAUCAUCAAUUACGGGAACUCUGGGGGACCGCUGGUGAACCUGGACGGUGAGGUCAUCGGCAUCAACACGCUCAAGGUCGCGGCCGGCAUCUCCUUCGCCAUCCCCUCGGACCGCAUCACACGCUUCCUCACCGAGUUCCAAGACAAGCACAUCAAAGACUGGAAGAAGCGCUUCAUUGGCAUACGGAUGCGGACCAUCACACCCAGCUUGGUGGAAGAACUGAAGGCCAGUAACCCAGACUUCCCAGAGGUCAGCAGUGGGAUUUACGUGCAAGAGGUUGUUCCAAACUCACCUUCUCAGAGAGGUGGCAUCCAAGAUGGCGACCUCAUCGUCAAAGUCAACGGGCGCCCCCUGGCGGACUCCAGCGAGCUGCAGGAGGCUGUGCUGACGGAGUCACCGCUCCUGCUGGAGGUGCGGCGGGGCAAUGACGACCUGCUUUUCAGCAUUGCGCCCGAGGUGGUCCUGUGA